UGCAAACGCUUUAGGAUCGGAACUUGGCGCGAGGGCGGGCCAACGUUCACCAUCCCAGCCUCACAACGCUCACCAGUCACAAUGGCACCUGAACUUCGCAAGAGAAAGUCGAAGCCUGCGGUGGCAGAACCAGAGCCCGCCGCCAAAAAGACCAAGGCGACCAAGGACACUCCCAAGGCUGAGAAACGAAAAGCCCUCGAAGAAGCCUACCCUGUUGUCGUGAAGAAGCAGAAGCCCAGCAAGGAUGUCGCGCCGAAGAGAGAUGUCGCCCCGAAGAAGUCGGCGUUAAAGAAAGAGAAGCAGUCAACAGAGACCAAGGACGCGCCGGCCAAGUCCAAGAAGGCCGCAGAACCCGCGAAGCCAGAGGAACAGCAAGACAGCGAUGUCCCAUCCGACGUGGAGCAGGAGGAGCUUGACGAUGACACCAAAGCUCUCGUGAACGCGCUCGACAGCGGCGACGAGGACGAGGCCGAGACUCGGGUCAGCACGUACAAGAAGGGCCAGGACGUCGGCAAGAUUCCCAAGGCGAAGAAGGCGGCAAAGUCAGCCGGCAGCAGUACCAGCAGCGGCAAUCCGGGCGUCAUGUAUCUAUCGAGGAUUCCCCACGGCUUUUACGAGCACGAACUACGGUCGUACUUUGGCCAAUUCGGCGAAAUCACGAGGCUUAGGGUCGUACGGAACAAGAAGACGGGCGCCAGCCGCCACCGGGCAUUCAUUGAGUUUGCCGACGCCGAGGUUGCCGACAUUGCCGCCCGCACCAUGGACAAGUACCUCCUGUUCGGACACAUCCUCUCUGCCAAGAUCGUGCCGCCGGCCCAAGUGCAUCCGAACCUGUUCAAGGGCGCCAAUCGUCGCUUCAAGGUGGUGCCGUGGAACAAGAUGGCCGGUCGGCAGCUUGAGCGGCCGCUUUCCGAGUCGCAGUGGCAGGUCAAGAUCGCCAAGGAGGAGAAACGGCGGGCCGCUAGGGCUGAGAAGUUGAAAGAGAUGGGCUACGAGUACGAAGCACCGGCGCUCAAGCCGGCCGAGGCCAAGCCCCUGCUGGAGAACGGCAAAGAUGAGGGUCCCAAGGCCAUCGAGGCUCCGCCUGCCGCCGCGGAGGUUGAGUCAAAGGAGGAAAAACAGGCUGCCGAGCCGGAAGUGACCAAGGCCGAGGCAACAAAACCCUCCGAGGAUGCGACCCCUCAGAAGAAGAAGAGUAAAAAGGGCAAGAAGACAAAGUCAUGAGCAGGUUACCGUCCAGAGUAGUAACGUCGCCUCUUUGAUACCCACGGCUCAGGCCAAGAGGGUCGUCCUGUUUAGAGCAUCCAGUCCUUUUAUGCGAAAAGAAGUAUAUAUAUGUAUGCACCAAGCGAACCUGACAAGCUCGUGGAGGGGGCCUAAUGCCCACAGAGCUAGCAGGAUUUUUAAAGUGCCAUUCGAUACUCUACUUCUGCCAUACUAUGAAAAUGCCACCGGUUUGCGAUGUGCAACGGCAAGUUCGAUAGAGAAUCAGGCGAAG